CCCAGCAUGCUGCGCAAGGUUUAGGUUCUGAACAGCUGUUGCACUCUGAAUCCAAAGCUUCCAGAAAGCCAUGAGGUACCUGAUGACUUCAGUGGGCUCUAGAGCUGCUCUCAAAUCCUCACUUCACUGCUUCUAGAUGAUUAGAUGAAAUGGAUAAAUCAGCAAGAUCUCCACGCAAGGCAGGCUCCUUGUGGACCUUCAGGAGACAGGCUCUCUGCAUCAACUUUUCUGGGAACACUGCAGCUGGCAGACAGGUGGAAAGACAUGACAUGAAUACCCUGAGUCUACCACUUAACAUCCGUCGUGGAGGUUCUGAUACCAACCUGAACUUUGAUGUACCAGAUGGGGUCCUAGAGUUUCACAAAGUCAAACUCAAUGCAGAUAGCUUGAAACAGAAAAUCCUCAAGGUUACAGAACAAAUCAAGGUUGAACAAACAGCUCGAGAUGGAAACGUGGCUGAGUAUUUGAAACUGGUGAACAGUGCAGACAAGCAGCAGGCUGGGCGCAUCAAGCAGGUCUUUGAGAAAAAGAACCAGAAAUCUGCCCACUCCAUUGCCCAGCUGCAGAAGAAAUUGGAACAGUAUCACAAAAAGCUCAAGGAUAUUGAACAAAAUGGAUCUUCCAAAGCUACCAAGGAUACUUCCAAAGAUAACUUGAAAGACGUUCAGCAUGGAAAGUCUCGUAGCACUGGGCACGGAGCAGAGAGCAGCAAGUCGGGUGUGCCGGGUGUAUCUCUGACACCCCCUGUCUUUGUUUUCAGCAAGUCCAGAGAGUUUGCCAACCUGAUCCGAAACAAAUUUGGUAGUGCAGACAACAUUGCUCAUCUGAAAAAUACCCUGGAUGAAUUUCGGCCAGAAACGAGUUCUAGAACCUAUGGGGGCAGUGCCACCAUUGUUGCCAAACCAAAAUAUGUUAGUGAUGAUGAAUGCUCAAGUGGGACCUCUGGAUCAGCAGACAGCAAUGGGAAUACUUCCUUUAGUCCUGCUGUGGCAAGCACCCUGGACAGCCAAGGAAAGCUUUCCAUGAUUUUGGAGGAACUAAGGGAAAUCAAGGAGACACAGUCUCAAUUAGCUGAUGAUAUUGAGAAUUUAAAAACCCAAUUUAAAAGAGACUAUGGCUUUAUUUCUCAGAUGCUACAAGAGGAAAGAUUUAGAUAUGAAAGAUUGGAGGACCAGUUAAAUGACCUCACUGACCUUCAUCAACAUGAGACAGCAAACUUGAAACAAGAGCUAGCCAGCAUAGAGGAGAAGGUGGCGUAUCAGGCCUACGAGCGAUCACGAGAUGUUCAGGAAGCCUUGGAAUCAUGCCAGACCCGAGUUUCCAAACUGGAGCUCCAUCAGCAAGAGCAGCAAGCACAGCAGUCUGAAACAGUUAAUGCCAAAGUGCUCCUGGGGAAGUGUAUAAAUGUUAUCCUGGCCUUCAUGACUGUCAUCUUAGUCUGUGUUUCUACUAUUGCAAAGUUCAUUGCUCCUAUGAUGAAGAGCCGCUUUCAUAUCAUCUGCACUUUCUUUGCAGUGACACUGCUGGCAAUAUUUUGUAAAAACUGGGAUCAUAUCAUUUGUGCUAUAGAAAGAAUGAUUAUACCAAGAUGAAGCUAUUGGACUGGCUGGUCUUCUAUUUUUUCUUUUUUUUUCUUUCUUUUUCCCUUUUUUCUUCCCUUCCCUGUUUUUUAAGCACUGUGUGUAUACAAAUUCUGGUGUAAAUAUAUAAAAGUAUACUUGUUGGCAGUCAGUUGCCUGUUCAAUCUGAUUUUGUCUAACUGGCUGUAUCUGUGAUGAGCUGCUCACUUAAGUCAGUCUUCUGCCUUAAUCCAAAAGGUUUCCCACUUUCCAAACCCAUACCCACAAAAGAUGGUAUGAUGGGCUGGGAGGGAUCCCAGCAACUGCAAGUGUCAGGUGCGUUUUUUACUAGGCUGGAGUGCAAAGAGUGUGAUCAAGAGGGAGUGCCAUAAUGUGUAUCAGCUCUGCUAGACUGAUAGUUAAUUUUUCCUCUGAAUCCAACUAGAAUGAUAAACCAAAUCAUGCAGUCAUGUGUAUUGAUAGUUCUAGAUUCUAAACAUGGGAUUUUGAGUUUUCAAGACUAACAAAACUUGAUGCUUCUGCUAGUAACUUUUUGCAGAGUUUAUUGUUUGUACAUGAGACCAGUGAUGACUAUUGACCACAGUUAGCAGUUGUUCUGUCCUGGCACUGUUCCUUAUUGCAUUUGGGAAACACAUAUAUGUGGCAUAAGACUUCCAAAGAUGGCCUGAAUUGAGUUACAACAUCCCCAGGCAACUUUGUAAAGGAGUUAAGAAGCAAGUAACUGGUAGAUAAGUUGUCACCCACACCAAAGCACUCACUUUUUCAAGCCCUGCAACCUGCACAGGAAAGAAGUACAGGGAACAGCAACAUUGAGGUUAGGCUCUGUUAGCACUGAAUUGUUGGGGUGUUCUGACUGAAGGCAAAGCAUACAGGUGGUGGGACCCUGGGUACAGUGGAUUUCUUUCUUCUGUCUGAUUAAAGAAUGUGGCAGAAACAUGAGAGAACAGCUUCUUAGGGGGAGCAGGGAGUUAAACUUCUGUAAAUAUAGGAACUGUAGACACUCUCAACAAACAUUCCUGAAAAUAAUGUAUUAACAUGCAGUAUCACUACUAGGAGACAGGGUUGGGUUUGUUUUCCCACUGGAAUUUAUUUUGCUUGAUUUAAUAAGUGCAAAAAAAUUUCCCUGAAAUAAGCUUGGCUUUCAGCCAUGAUGCAAAACAAGAUCUUUAUUAAAAUAAACAAACAAACAAAUAAAAAGCACAAAACCACCACAACUAGAAUUCUUCUCCAGUCUCCAUUAAGUGAAAAAACAGUGUCUCCAAUUAUUUGAUGUUCAGUGUUAGUAACUGUGAAAAUAAUUGUCAUUACAUAUUUUCUUUUCAGUUGCAGUAUUUUUUAUGCUUGUAUUAUGGGAGGGAGUGCAUAGUUUGAUGUGUAUAUUUCUUUUUAAUCAAGUGCAAUAGUUGGUGUAGAAUUUGUGAAGACUUUAUUCUCAGGAGAGGGAGUGGGUGAGGAGAAGGCAGGGGAGAAAUCUGACAUUUUACCACAAUCAGAUAAACAGUGAAUAAUUAGUAUUUGUGGCUUCAAGAACUAAGGAAAGGACAGAAUUAACUUAAUAAAUAAUGAUAUAACUCAAUGUUUAGAAAAUUCAAUUAAAAUACUUAGAAAUAUUUAAAGAAUUCUUUAUAUGUCCUAAGUCUUUGCACAGAGAUUCAGGAAGGACUGUGCUGGUUUGCAGUCACUGGAAAUGGAUCAGAUUGGGCACACCCAUCUUAUCUUAACCCAGCCCUACCUCAUCUCAAGUGGGAAGUGGAGUGGAAACCAAAACCAAACAAACAAGAGCCCAAACAAGACCAAAAACUGGUUCUGAUCCUAAGAAUGCUGUGACUCUUCAUGGUGUUUUCUUGCCAUCUCUGUUAUAAACUCCAUACUUCUUUUCAGCUUGCACAGCCAACUUCUGCAUUGGCCUCUUGAAAAAAUAGUUAGUUUAGCAUUUUGUUAAAUGGGUUCAGAAAGGUAGACAUGCAAGAAAGGAAUACCAUGGGUUAAUAAUGUUUACAUAAGAAAAACUCCUUUACCUAUUGCAUGAUUAUACAUUUAUAUAAUCCUGCCAUUGCUAUUUGAUGUAGUUGAAAUGUUACAUCAGGCAGCCUCAAGGACAGGCAGGAAAAAGGUUUUAUUUGUCUUAUAAGAAAGGAUGUUGGGGUGCUAAUUCACAUUCCUUUCACACCUGGGAAUGUGAAGGCUUCUGCUCCAAGGGCAUCCGGUUACAACUCUGGGAGAUAACCUCAAUACAAAAUGAAAGUAAAAUCUAAAAUUUAUGUCUCUACAAAAGAUUACUCACUGUCUUGACAGAAUCUGACAGGGCCUACAUCGUAAAUUGGAAACAGGAAGGUCUUGCACUUCAAUCUUGGCUUUACAUGUGGCAGAGGACAUAGAAAAAGCUAUAAAGGCUGCAUAAGGUUAGUUAUGUAAAUUAAAAUAACCUAACUGGUGAAUAGGUGCAUCUCUUUUCUAGAUUUUUUCCUCUGUUGGGUUUAAAUCACUGAAGGAUGUGACACACGUCAAGAAAUAAUAAAAAAAUGUAAAAGUGAAGAGCAAAAGCCUGCUUUUGAUGAAACUGUGGUUGUUUUGCACAGAGUGAGACUGUAGUGCCAGGAACUCUGCCAUGUGGAAGGCCACCCAAGGAGGGAGGUCUCCCAUCCUGCUUUCAGUGUCACAUUUCCUACUGUGUGCUAACUGCCGGUAUGUGGUGACAUCUUCCAUGUGCCAUGUUAGCUCACUAGACUGGAAGAAAAACCUGGUGAAAGAGGUGGAUGGUUCUCCACAUCUGGAGACUUGAAGGGCUGGUAAAAAGGUCUCAUGAGUAUGAAGCUGGGAUUUUAAGGGAGAUGAGACUUUUUCUUCCUGUUGCAGUGAAUCAUCAGCUGUCCCUAAAACUGGGCUCCAGGCAGACUCUCUGCAGAUUGUUGGGGCAGCUUCAGUGUAGAAAAGUCCUUCCUAACUUUUUCCUAGAGGGAACAAACAGCCCCGGCAUGUGGUGACAAGCUAGCCAGCUGUGCCCAUACUCAGGAUCAAGAGAAGGCAGGAGCCUGAGCUAGCCUGGGCUGAUGCCUCUGCCCUUAGCUUCAGUAUGGGCACCACUUCCCCCCUUUAGGCUGGGAUUGUGUAUUUUACAUAUUAGUGUGUGUAUCUGGCCUGCAGUCUGAGCUUCCUGUGACAGUAUGCCUAGGCCAACCCAAAGAACUGCAGUGCUCCUAAUGAGAACUCCGCUCAGUCAAUGAGAACUUCUCAAUCAAUUAACCAAGUUCUGUCAGGAUACCAUUUGCUUUUAUAUUCUCAUACAACACAUCAGGCAUUCUUAGGAUACUCCUGACACCUACUCAUCAUGAGCCUCUAAAACACUCCCACUCAACAAAAAGUUGCCAGACAGUGUCUUUUCUGCUUGGUGCUGCUUGGCAGGCAAAUAUUUCAUUUCACUUUGGUAGCAGUUCUCUGGAGGAAAAGCUCUUCAGUAAGUUGUUACUUCCUGUUCUAUAGGCUUUUGGCAGCUUUUGUUUGGAGGUUUCUGGAGAUUUAGUUUCUUAUGAAAAUUAGCACAAUUUUCCUGAUUUCUCCUAUUUCAGCAUUCAGGACUACAUGAGGUUUCCUCUAAAAAUUGUCUAAUGGAUCCCUCUGCUAGCUUCAACUCCAUUACUGUUGAAAGUCCAAUUAGUGAUUGGCAGGACUGAUCGAGACCCAGUUUAAAUUCCUUCCUAUUUCUGCUUCACAUUAUAUGCAUUCAUGCAACUUCUCAUUUGAUUGCACUCCUGUGAUGUCUAUUUGCUCUGAAUUCUUAGAGAGGCACUAAAAAAAUUCACUGCAUUUUAGUUUAAUAUCAAAAUGUUUGUGUUAUGCAGUGCCUCUGCUGCAGGACAUCUAUCAGUAUAGAUCUGAUGUCUGCACUUCAGGAAGGGUAUUUAAAAGCCAAUGGUUUUCUGUGAACGCAUAAUGACUGCUUAUCUGGGGAAUAGCAAUGCAAAAGGGGAAUUUGCUGUAGGAAAGACACGUGAUCCACUCACCCAGGAGUUGAAGCUAGACAAAUCCAGGGUAAGCAUAAGGUUCAGUUUUGCAAUCAUAAGGGUUGCCAGCUAAUUAUUAGCUACUGACUGACAUAAUAAACAAGGACUACAGCAUUUGAAGUUGAAUUAGGUCAGGCUUAUGAUUGAUAUGAAGUUAACUGCAUAAUAACAACUAGUGCUGUCUGAAAUCAAAAUCAUUGAACAAGAAAUUCAGGAACAAAACAAGAAAACACAGAUGCUUGUAGUUAAUUCAGAAGGUACAAGAGCCAAUUUUCUUGUUUGGUUGUUUUUGUUUUGGGAAACCAAGUCCCUUUCCACUAUGACUGAGACAUUUUACUGCUGCAUUCAAUGAUAUAAUGGAAGAUAAACAGAGAUUAAUGUAAUUAAACACUUUAAUUUUGAUAACAGAAUUUAAUCUCUUCUGAAAGUCCAUCUAGGACUAGCAAUCAGGCAAAUUUAUUCUCUGCUAUUUUUAAUCAACCAAAUAUAUAUCUGCUUUCUUCAUUCCCCAUCAUGCCAGAACACGGCCUUUAAGUACAGGAGAUUAUAACGGGCUUGUUUUCAGACAAACUUGGAAUGGUCUCUCUGAUGCUAGCCCUGCAGAAAGUGUCAGACAAUUUUACAUGGCAACAGUGAAAGAUUAAGAAAAGUUUUAUUUUAGUCAAUGAAAUUGCUUAUUUUCCCUGAGAAAGCCAACUGAGAGGAUGCUGUAUAUAGGGACUGCAUGAGGCCAAGUCAAACAGUCUUGUACGGUUGAUUUGCUGUACGUUUAGCAUAUUAAGUUGUACUGUUGUUGGAAAGUUUUGCACAAAGCCACCUUUCCUUUUUACCCAGGGAACCUGGGUCUGGUAGUAUCAAGGUGUACCAAAAAUUGUCUGCUUUUAUUGACUAAAGUUAAUUGUCUUGGUGUGUGACCUGCAAUGUUUCUCACAGUAUCUCCAUUUUGUGCAGCACUGUGGAAAGAUUCAACUAUGAAAAUGUAAUUUUUGUGUAUUUGGUUGUGUAGUCAUGACUGCCUCUAAGGUGCCAUUAACAUUUUUUAAAAUAAAAAUAUUUACAUUUAUUUGAUGAUGAA